GUGAACACACCCUGUCCAACAGGAAAAUCCUGCCUGUUCUGAAUUAUUUUUUUUCUUUGCUUAUUUCCUGCCUCCUAAGAAGACAGCCACAGAGGCCAUGGCUGAUAAGAGACUAUAUGAAAAAAGAAAAAUAUUUGUUAAUUCAGUAUCUGAAGACACACUUAAUAAUUUGCUGGAUGAUGUCCUAAAUGAAAAGGUGCUAAACCAAGAGGAGAGUGAAAAAGUAAAAAAGGGAAAUGUUACAACUAUAGGCAAGGCCCGUGACUUGAUUGACUUUGUGAUUCCCAAAGGGCCCAUUGCCAGCCAAAUAUUCAUAGGCUAUAUCUGCAAGAGAGAUUCCACUCUUGCUUCCAAGUUGGGAUUUCCUUCAGAAGCUCCUGUUAGAAGAGAGUCAGCACCCAAAGACACCAUAGAUCAACUCAUACUUUGUCCUCAUGAAAAAUUCCUGGAACUAUGCCAAAAGGAGGCUGGAAUGAUUUAUCCAAUAAGAGAGAAGGGGAGCCGCACUCGUCUGGCUCUCAUCAUCUGUAACACGGAGUUUGACCACCUCCCAAGGCGUAAUGGGUCCAACCAUGACAUCAUUGGAAUGAAGGGGCUGCUUGAGAACCUGGGCUACAGUGUACAUGUGGAAAAGGAUCUUACAGCUAGGGACAUGAAGUCAGUUCUGGAGGCAUUUGCUGCCCUCCCAGAGCACAAAUCUUCAGACAGCACAUUCUUGGUGUUCAUGUCUCAUGGCAUCCUGGAUAGAAUCUGUGGGACUCUGCAUGAUAAUGACAAAUCAGAUGUGCUACAUUAUGACACCAUAUUCCAAAUUUUCAACAAUCGAAACUGCUGCCAUCUUAAGGAUAAACCCAAGGUCAUCAUCAUUCAGGCCUGCAGAGGUGCAAACAACGGAGAGGUAUGGGUCAGUGAUUCACCAGUGGCCUUAGCAGACAGCUCUGCACAGCCUCCAGAGGACCUGAAGGAUGAUGGUGUCCACAAGACCCACGUGGAGAAGGAUUUUGUUGCUUUCUGCUCCUCAACCCCACAUAAUGUUUCCUGGAGAAGAGAAAGUGGUUCUCUCUUUAUUACACAACUCAUAAAUUAUAUUAAAAAAUAUUCUUGGUGUUGUCACCUGACAGAAAUAUUUAUGAUGGUUCAACAAUCAUUUGAAGAACCAGGUGUUAAAGCCCAGAUGCCUACACUUGAAAGACAAACUAUGACCAGACAUUUUUACCUCUUUCCAGGCAAUUAAAAAGGAAAUCUCAAGAAUCUAGUCCUUGUCUAUAACUUCCUGAAGGAAAUUUGCCCAUCCGACAUGAUUUCUAAAAUUAUUUUGUAUUUCAAUACAAGA